GAGGGCCUCGGCAAGCUCGGCGAGGACCUGGGCAUCGACGCGAGCAGCGACACGAAGCUCCUCGUGCUCUGCUGGCGCCUCGGCGCCGAGAAGCCGGGCUGCGUGUCCGAGGAGGAGUGGGCCAAGCUCGGCAGCGAGCCGAGCCUGCCGACCUGCGACAAGCCCGUGACCCUCGAGACGCUCAAGGCGGGCUGGUCCACGCUCGACCCGGCGUUCCUCGAGAACUCGGACUUCCGGCCGUUCUUCAAGUUCUGCUUCGAGUUCAACCGCGAGGGCACGAAGAAGUUCCUCGAGCGCGACACGGCGCUGGCCCUGCUGCCCAUCUGCAUCGAGGACCGGUCCAAGCACACGAAGACCUUCCUCGAGUUCCUCGAGACGAAGCCCGAGGACUUCAAAAUCAACCGCGACCAGUGGUGCUCCUUCCUCGACUUCUCCCUCAACGUCGGCCCGGCGCCGGACUUCCUCGGCUGGGACGCCGACGAGUCCUCCUGGCCCAUCCUCCUCGACGAGUUCGUCGAGUUC